GCUAAAAUUUAUCUAGGUCACGCCCUCAUUCAUUAAAAGUAAAAAUGGCGGCAAAGACCAAAAGCAUACUUAGCGAUGAUUCUCCAUCUCCGAAAAGAUCAAAGCUUCAUACCGAAGGAGAGGCCCACCAACAGCAACCAAAGCCUUUAGGGAAGAUAUCUGACUUCGUUGUUUCUCGUUUGGAAGAUUUUUACAAGCCCAACCCACCUUUUCGCCUCCCAGUGGAAAUUGGUUCUUUCUCUUUCGACAGAAAAGGAGAUCUGACACUAGACAGGAGUGGACUGAAGUACUUGACACAGCCGGGGAAACUUGGUUUUGAUUUGAAAGUUGGUUACGAUUCGUUUCAGCCCAAGUUGAACCAAACUCCUGACCUAACUGUUAUUUUAAACUGGAUCUCUCACAACUGGAAUUGUUUUCUUCCAAAAAUGAAAGGACAGUCUUCGCUUGACGGUAAACCACCUGAAGAUCUCAACGGAUCUGCUCCGAUUGUUCAGACGGCAAAUCAAUCUUCUGUAACCACAAGUUUUCAUUCACGACCUGAUAAUCUUUUAACCGACUUCAUUUGUUGGCGUGGACUUAUGACUAAACUACUCUGCACUCCAUAUAAUAAGUCCGAGCCCUGGAAGAUGAUUGCAACUCGUCAUAACGAUACCAUAUAUCUCCGUGAACUUGAGACACCAGAAAAGGCUGAGAAAGAAGCAAACAUGAGUUUGGCUGAGAAACAAAUGUGCUACUGGGGAUUGAAGUUUGAAGAUUACAUGACAAGAAAAGAUCCCAAAGUUCCACCUCCUUCCCAACAGCAAGACAAAUCAGGUACCAUCAAUCCACUGGAAGCUUUCUGCUGUGUAGUAAGGACUCGACUAAACACUCAUUCACUAGUGAUGGUUGGAGAAGUGGACUGCAUUGACCCGGCAUCAAGAGAGAAAGUGCCUCAGAGCUAUGUCGAACUGAAAACAAGUCGUGUUAUUUAUACGGACAGAAACAAGGCCAGUUUUAAAAGGCACAAAUUAAUGAAAUGGUGGGCACAGUCCUUCCUCGUUGGUAUCCCAAAGAUAGUCUGUGGCUUUCGGGACAAUGAGGGCAUCGUCCAACACAUACAACAAUUCAAAACGGUGGACAUACCCAGGGAAUCACAGAGUGAUUUAAGUUUAUGGCAAGGGAACGUUUGUCUUAAUUUUCUUGACGAGCUCUUGAAGUGGAUCAAAGAAACUGUCGUAAAAGAUGAUUCACAAACGCUCUAUCUCAUUGAAUGGAAUCAUCCUUAUACACACAUCUCUGCAACUUGUAGGUCUACUACGCCAGACUUGUUUGUGCUACCAGACUGGUAUAUAAACAAACUCUCUCCUCCAUUGGUUGAUCCUUCCUCUCAGUCUCCAUCCUCUGUCUCCUCUCCUAUGUAAUAUUUUUUAAAAAUAAGAUAAUUUUUACUUAAGAAGUA